AUAAAACCAAAAUGGAUAGGCUAAUCAUCUUAUAUUCUCUAACACUAAUCAUACUUCUCUUCAUCAUCACGUUUCUGCCAUCAACAAAUGCAGCUACUUAUAAUGUUGCAGCAUUUGGAGCAAAACCAGAUGGAACGGAUUCCACAAAACCUUUUCUACAAGCAUGGACUCUAGCAUGUAGUUCGGAAAAACCGGCAACCAUGUGGAUACCCCGAGGAACUUAUUUACUCAAGAAAAUAGCUUUUAGUGGUCCGUGUAGAAGUAAAAGAGUUACAGUUCAAGUUGAUGGGAAGAUUCAGGCGCCUACAGAUUUUUGGUUUGUUGGGAAUUCUGGGAGUUGGAUUUUGUUCCAGGGUAUCGACGGUUUAACCAUCAACGGUGGGAUACUAGAUGCACGAGGAUCUCAUUUGUGGAAUUGUAGGAGAUAUGGUGCAAACUGCCCCCAAGGUGCUACGUCGUUGUCACUAAGCAGUGUUAAAAAUGGGAUAGUCAAUGGUCUGAUAUCAGUUGAUAGCCAACGUGGUCAUAUGUCUAUCAAUGGUUGCAAUAAUUUGAGGGUUAGACGUGUGACUCUUAUUGCACCUGAUCAAAGCCCUAACACAGACGGCAUAGAUAUACAAGCAUCAACUGCUGUUACAAUUGUCGAUUCAAGCAUCAGAACAGGAGAUGAUUGUAUUGCGAUUGGUCCUGGGACUAAAAAUCUAAUGGUACAGCGCGUCGGAUGUGGACCUGGACAUGGCAUUAGUAUUGGAAGUUUGGCCAGGAGUCCGAAUGAAGCAGGCGUGGAAGGGAUCACAGUAAAGGACGUAACCUUCACUGGAUCUGAUAAUGGAUUGCGGAUUAAAACAUGGCCAAAACCAAGCAGCAGUUUUGUAAAGAACGUUCUUUAUCAAAAUAUCAUUAUGAAUAAUGUUCGAAAUCCUAUCAUUAUUGAUCAAAUAUAUUGCCCGGGAACCAACGGCUGCUCUAAUCAGAAUUCUGGAGUCAAGAUUAGUGGAGUGACAUACCAAAAUGUACAUGGAACAUCUGCGACACCAAUUGCUGUCAGAUUUCAUUGCAGUGCCACUACUCCGUGCAGUGGAAUCAAAUUAUCCAAUGUUAAACUCACUUAUUCAAAGCAACCUGCAAAGUCCUUUUGUUCUAGUGCUACCGGAACAUCACAAGGACAAGUCGCUCCACAAAGCUGUUUCUACUAAAAGUUCUCAUUGGGUCUUACUAGAACUUUUACUCUACCUUUUUUUCAACCGAUUUUAAUUUCUACUUUACAAGUUGUAUUGUAUUGUAUAUGAUGAGCU